CUGAUUCUCUCUACUCAUUUCAAGCGUCUAUUUACGUCAUUGUCUGCCUUCGAGUCGUUGGACUGGCGUCUGUCCCUUUGCCGCAUUUCCGGACCGGCUACGGUCUACCAGCUCUCGCCUCAUCAACGAACCCGAGGUCUAUCAAUAUAGUUUCGCAGAAGAAAGCGUGAAUUACUGCCCUUAAAACAAAACCAGUCUAGGUCACUGAGUCAUCAUGUCGAACCCUCUGGAUACCGACGCUGGCUCUGAGAUGCUCAGUAGCUAUGAGACGGAGCUCAACCUCGUCCAAGCCGAUCUAAACCAGAAACUCGAUCAGAUAGCAGAGCUGAGCGGUGAGCAACGCAACUCAACCAUCCGACAGGCGGAACGCGCCCUAGAGGAAGCAACAGAGUUGUUGGAUCAGAUGCGCCUGGAGAAGCAGAAUAUUCCUAGCGCAGCACGAUCGAAAGUUAACACUCGGUUCCGUAACUAUGCAACCGAUAUUGACGAGGCCAAACGCAAACUCAAAUCUCUCUCCGAUGACCGAAAGGCGCUCUUUGGUGAUCGCUAUACCGACGACCCACAAGAUGCACAUUUGGAGCAGAGACAGCAACUUCUUUCCGGAACGGAACGCUUAGAACGGAGUUCCGCUCGGCUGCGGGAGAGCCAGCGAAUUGCUUUGGAGACGGAAGGCAUUGGCGCCAAUGUUUUGGCUGAUUUGCAUCAGCAGAGAGAGACUAUUACGCAUACUCAUGGGAUGUUGGGACAGAGCGAAAGUAAUGUGGACAAGAGCAUCAAAACUCUGAAGGGAAUGGCUCGUAGGAUGGCUACGAAUCGGUUAAUAACCAUUGCGAUUAUUACUGUUUUGAUACUAUUGAUUUUUGCUGUUAUCUACAGCAAAUUCAGCUAGACAUCGGGUUCGAGCGGGCUUUGGAUCUGAUUCAUUGGAGCAUAUUGACUUUCUUCUCACGACAGUAGUGGAACGUGUAUGAUAGCACCAUCCAUUCAGCUUUCAUGAUAAUAAACCAGUACUAAUCUUCU